UGACUAAUCGGCGGCGACGGGAUCACGUGCCCCCAACUCCCCCCCCCCCCCACACUCCCCGGUGUACCCGCGAUGGGUUUUUUGGUGGGGUUGCCUGGAUCUGGGCCGGGGAGCUGGAAAAGCCCAACUCCCAGCCGCCGGGAGCCGUGCCGGGGCCUUGCGGGGUGGGUGUGCUCCGCGAAGGGGGUUAAUUGAGGCCCCGGAAAUUUGAGUAAAGUCACAAAGCUGAGUUCGACACAGAACCUGGGACUUCCCCCACCUUGUGCACCACCUGGAAGAAUCUACCUUGUCCCUUUGUCUUUCCAUUUCGACCUCACGGCUUCCCAGUAAGGGUCUCCUCUAACUCAGGCUGGCCUUGGGACUCCCUGUGUAGCUGAGGAUGACUUAGGACUCCUGACUCUCCUGACUCCACUUCCCAAGUGCUGGGGAUUCCAGCGGGGCUGUAAAUAAAGUAGUUGAGAGGAAGCUGUUGAUACCCCCAGCACACAGCUCCGGGAUCCUGCUGUUUGAUCACCCUCCACUAAGCUAUGCGUACCAGGGACUCUUCUGGUCCACUGUCAUCGGCCCCUGCGCUGCCUCUGGCCUCCUCUGUCCUGAUGGUGCUGCUGAGUAGCCUGUGGUUGUUGGGGGCUGGGCCCAGCCUCACACUGGCCCCAGAGUCGCUGCUGGACCCUUGGCAGGUACACCGGCUGCUGACCCAUGCUCUGGGUCACACUGCAUUGCCAGGCCUGCUCCUGAGUCUGCUGCUCCUGCCCGCUGUGGGCUGGCGGCAGGAAUGCCGCCUGGGCACACUGCGCUUCCUGCACACCUCUGCCCUGCUUGCCCUGGCCACUGGGCUCCUGGCUGUGCUGCUGGCAAGCCUUGGCGUGUCCGGUGCGGCUGGAGGCUGUGGAUAUAUGCCCGUCCACCUGGCCAUGCUGGCAGGGCAGGGUCACUAUCUUGAACGGUCCCGGGGGGUGCUGCCGUCAUGGCUGUUGCCCUGGCUACUACUCGCCUUGACCCUGUUGCUGAGCUCUGAGCCGUCGUUCCUGCAGCUCCUUUGUGGUCUCCUUGCUGGCCUGGCCUAUGCCGCUGGGGCCUUCCAGUGGCUAGAGCUCUCGGAGCAGCGACUGCAGGUGCUGCAUGAGGGUGUCCUGUGCAGGAGCCUGGCCCAGUGCUGGCCGCUGAGGCUCCUGCCUUUCCCAGGCAGCCUGGCUGAACUGCCUGUCACCCAUCCCACCAGAGUGAGGCCCACUGCUCCCAGACCUGACCUGGCUUCCCCCAGGCCCCGGUCCCACAGCAGCAGCUCCACCCAGCCCACUCCAAGUCUGAGGCCUACGCAGCACACGUGGGACGGCUCCUCCGAAGAGGAGGGCCUGGACUGGACUGGGUCCAGCUUUGCCCCUGGGACUCCGAUGUGGGCAGCCCUGGACGAGCAGCUGCUACAGGAGGGGAUCCAGGCAUCGCUUCUUGACGCACCAGCCCAGAGCCCAUCGUGGCUGUCCAAGUCCUCUGUCUCCUGUCUGCGGCUACAGCAGCUGGAACACAUGGGCUUCCCCACUGAGCAGGCCGUGGUGGCUCUGGCAGCCACAGGCCGUGUGGAAGGUGCUGUGUCACUGCUGGUUGAAGGGUUGGUGGACACUGAGGCCCUGGUGGCAGAGGGGAGGGGCGGUCCUGCCCAUCCCCAGGGCCCUGGGCCCUCCUAGCCCAGAGCAUGUGGGGACCCAGGCCUGAGGCAGGUAGCUUGAGCCCCUGCUCUGUCUUAAGGGCUCUGUGAGGUAACAGGACACCCCUAGGGGCAGGCCUGACCCUCAGCAUCUUGCCCUGGUACUUGCAGAGAAUAAAAGCCAGUUUGUUUCAA